CCACCACGCUUCCCCUACCAUGCGACGCGUCAUGUCCGAAGAAAGAUGGCGGAAGGCGGAGCGGCAGAUCUGGAUACCCAAAGAGGAGAGAUCGCGGCGCUUCUGAAAACACAGUUACGAAAGGGAGACACUUGGUACCUCGUGGACAGUCGUUGGUUUAAACAGUGGAAGAAAUAUGUGGGGUUUGACAGCUGGGAUAAAUAUCAGAUGGGCGAUCAAAAUGUCUACCCAGGACCGGUGGAUAACUCUGGGCUUCUCAAAGAUGGGGAUGUGCUGGCAAUCAAGGAGCACCUCAUCGAUGAGCUGGACUACAUCUUGGUGCCGACGGAGGGCUGGAAUAAGCUGGUCAGCUGGUAUGGAGUGACAGAGGGCCAGGAGCCAAUCGCACGAAAGGUGGUGGAACAGGGUAUGUUUGUGAAGCACUGCAAGGUGGAGGUGUACCUGACGGAGCUGAAGCUUUGUGAAGACAGCAACAUGGACAACGUGAUCACCAGACGCUUCAGUAAAGCCGACACAAUAGAUAUGAUAGAGAAGGAGAUGCGAAAGCUGUUCAGCAUCCCUGAUGAGAAGGAAACACGACUGUGGAACAGGUACAUGAGCAACACCUUCGAGCCUCUCAACAAGCCGGACAGCACCAUCCAGGACGCCGGACUGUACCAAGGACAGGUUCUUGUCAUAGAGCAGAAGAACGAGGAUGGCUCGUGGCCCCGAGGCUCCAUGGCUUCCAAGUCAUCUGGUGCUUCCAAUCUCUCUGCUUUGCCAAAGAUCUCGCCUUCAUCUCUCACAAACAAUCAUAACAGCAGCUUCAACAGCAGGAAUGUUAAGAACUCCAGCUACAGUCUGCCCUCCUCCUACCAACCAUACAGCAACAGCUACGACUACUCGGAGCAGAGCAGGCAGAGCGAGCGCUCGGGCCUCUGUGGACUCUCCAACCUGGGAAACACCUGUUUUAUGAACUCUGCAGUGCAGUGUUUAAGCAAUAUCCCCCCUCUGACGGAGUACUUCCUCAAAGACAAGUACAGAGACGAGCUGAACGAGGACAACCCCCUGGGCAUGAAAGGGGAGAUCGCCAGAGCCUACGCUGAGCUCAUCAAGCAGCUUUGGUCGGGAAAAUACAGCUACGUAACGCCGAGACCCUUUAAGACCCAGGUGGGCCGGUUCGCCCCACAGUUCUCCGGCUACCAGCAGCAGGACUCCCACGAGCUCCUGGCCUUCCUCCUGGACGGCCUUCACGAGGACCUGAACCGCAUCAGGAAGAAACCCUACAUCCAGCUGAAGGACGCCAACGGUCGGCCAGAUAAGGUGGUGGCGGAGGAAGCGUGGGAAAACCACAUUAAGAGGAACGACUCCAUCAUCGUGGACAUCUUCCACGGCCUCUUCAAAUCCACUCUGGUUUGUCCUGUGUGUGCCAAGGUCUCUGUGACCUUUGACCCUUUCUGCUACCUGACCCUCCCCCUGCCCAUGAAGAAGGAGCGGACACUAGAGGUGUACCUCGUUAGACUGGACCCCGUCGCUAAACCAACACAGUACAAGCUGACCGUCCCUAAGGUGGGAUACAUCUCUGACCUUUGUACCUCCCUCUCUAGCCUAUCUGGAGUGCCUGCUGACAAGAUGAUUGUAACUGACAUCUACAACCACCGUUUCCACCGGAUCUUUGCCACUAAUGAAAACCUCAGCAGCAUCAUGGAGCGAGAUGAUAUUUACGUCUUUGAGGUGGCGGUGAACAGAGUGGAAGACGCGGAUCACGUAGUAAUCCCUGUUCACUUGAGGGAAAAGUACAAACAGUCGGGCUACAACCACACCAGUACGCCGCUGUUUGGUCUGCCCUUCCUCAUCGCCGUCCCAAGAACUCUGAGCGAGGACAAACUCUACAACAUGCUCCUCUCUCGACUCUGCCGGUUUGUCCGAUCUCCUGUGGAAGAGGAUGAGGAGGACAGCGAAGAGACGCAGCCGUCCACGCAACACGCUAUAAACGGAAACGCUACCAACGGGCUGCUAGAGGAGGGCUCGCCUAGUGAGAUGGAGACGGACGAGCAGGACGACGAGUCCAGUCAGGACCAGGAGCUGCCGUCGGAGAACGAGAACAGCCAGUCGGAGGAUUCGGUGGGAGGCGACAACGAGCUGGAGAACGGUGUGACGGCACCGCAGAUCUCCACCAAGGUUCAGCAAACGGCCGGCCUCAACAGGAGGAGGCUCUUUACAUUCCAGUUCAACAACAUGGGCAAAACAGACUUCUCGCUCAUCAAGGAGGACACCAAGCUGAUCCGCUUUGACGAGGGACAUCUCAGACUAAGUGACCGCUCGUAUCUGUCUUUGGACUGGGAACCAGAGAUCAAGAAGAAGUAUUUUGAUGAGAGCGUUGUUGAGGACUAUGACAAGCAUGAGAGCAUGGAGUACAAACCUCAGAAAAAAGCUUUCUUCAAGCUGAAGGACUGCAUCGAGCUGUUCACCACCAAGGAGAAACUGGGAGCCGAGGAUCCCUGGUACUGCCCAAACUGCAAGCAGCAUCAGCAGGCCACCAAGAAGCUGGACCUCUGGUCCUUGCCGCCGGUUCUCGUGGUCCACCUUAAACGUUUCUCUUACAGCCGCUACAUGAGGGACAAGCUGGACUCGCUGGUUGACUUCCCACUCAGGGAUCUGGAUAUGUCUGAGUUCCUGAUCAACCCCAACGCCGGGCCCUGUCGCUAUGACCUCAUCGCUGUGUCCAACCACUACGGCGGGAUGGGAGGCGGACAUUACACCGCCUAUGCUAAGAGCAAAGAUGACGGGAAGUGGUACUACUUUGACGACAGCAGUGUGUCUCCAGCCAGUGAGGACCAGAUAGUGUCCAAAGCCGGCUAUGUGUUGUUCUACCAGCGCCAGGACACGGUCAAAGGCACCGGAUACUUUGCCCUGGACCGGGAUGAAGAGGAGGAUGAAGAGGAGGAGGAGGAAGGUGGGGAUGCUGAGGAGAACGAGGCGGAGGAGCUCCUAGAAAGAAGGACCGUCUCGUGUUCUCAGGGUGCCUGCUCCAGCGCACAAAGCGACGACGAGGAGCCGAUCGAGAACAAGAGCAGGAAAAACGACAUCAAUGAGGAGGAGGAUGAUGAAGAGGAGGAGGAAGAGGAGGAGGAGGAAGAAGAGGUAUCCAAUCAUGACAUUACCAUGAAAACCAACUGAGGUAUACGGAUUCAGGAACAAGCAGAGAUAAGAAAGGGAUCUGUGCAUCAUGAAGCCAUAGGGACACACGGCGCUGCAGCGAGCCACCGGCCCCGCUCAGCCGCACGGACCGAACCAGGCCGCCGCCGCCGGGACAUCGACUGUUCGGCUGGGGGAGCUGCCUCGGUACGCAACUCUAAUAAAUCAGGAGCCUCUUGUGGGUGAAUCACUGCGUGUGUGUGUGUGUUUGAGAGAGCGUGUCGCCGAUAUCAACUCCCACAGAGCAUAAAGACUGAUGACGGCGCCCUCAGCAGGCGCUGCUGCUGCGCCGCCGCCUUUUUCUCUUUAUUUGAAAUGUUAUUUAAGCAGUGCAUUGUUUGCAUAUCAUUUUAGUAUUAUUUGGAUUUUGUAAAUAUUUUUAAACACUGAACUGCAUUGAGUUUUCAUGAUGCGCUGAAAUAUUUUUGAACUUGCACAAACACUACUCCGCCUCCUCCUUUAGAACGCCAGACGAACUGCAUCUAUAAAUAGACGUAACGUAGAGAAGCGGAUGAAAUAUCCCAGCUUUCUGCUUUUGCUGCUCAAGCAGCUGAUCUCUCAUUCUGAUUGGUCGCAUUUUAACUCCAACAUCUUAGAGGUCAAAGAUUGUUAGUCAAACUUACAUACUGUGGAUUGUUUUGCAGAAAACAUGUGCUGGAAAAAGUUCCACACUGCCAAUCGCCUCCUCAUUGCUCUUCAUAUCUAUGUGAAGCUUUAGUCCUGUCCAGUUUUAUUACAGCUUUGACCUGCAGGCAGAUUUCUACAAAAUAUUUUUCUGGAUCGAUCCCAUUCAGAGCUGAAGACUAAACAUUUGAAGCUGUCUAGCUUUGCUAAAUCAGAUCUUUUUGCUUCUUAGAUUGUAAAUCUUU